AAAAAUUCGAAUAAGAUAGAAUUUCCUGAUAUUGAUAUUAAUAAUAUAAUCCAGUGUGAUAUUUGUUACCAAUCAUCAAGUGAUACUGGAUUUAUUUAUUCCUUACCAUGCGAAUAUAAGAAUAACAUAUGUAAAAAUUGUGUUGAAAAUAUGAAGAAAAAAAAGGGUGAAAAAGCAAAAUGUCUUUUUUGUAAUAAAAAAAAAUUCAAUGGAGAUACUACAAGACAAGAAGAAGAAAAUAAUGUGGAUAUAUUUUUUAUGAUUAUCUAUGUUCGUGUUAAUCCUAAAUUACAAUAUGAGAAUGAGGUGGCGAUUUUAGAAACAGAAUACGAAAAUUUAAAAAACUAUUGUACUUUUAAUUAUGAAA